CAUUGGUGCUUUUGAAACAUGUGACACAAACACUGUCAUGGCGGCCUCCGCAGCAGCCCGGAGGAGCGUGGGGCUGACUUUGAGACUUUUCCGGCUUGGUAAUUGUAAUUUUCACAGGAUAAAUAGUUGCAUUCACGUUGUUUAUGGGUCCGCGACGGGAGACUCCAUAUGCGGUUUUCGGAUCCCGAAUAGGAGCCUGAAAACGUCUAAAAGUCUGUGUCACUCUGAAGGCGAAGACGCACAAGAUGAUGAUCCAAAGGAUGUGGUUAAUGUGGUGUUCAUAGACCGAUCAGGGAACAGAGUUCCCGUGAAGGCUAAGGUUGGAGAUAAUGUCCUGUACCUGGCACAACAGCAUGGCAUUGAUUUGGAAGGAGCCUGCGACGCCUCACUAGCCUGCUCCACAUGCCACGUGUACGUCAAGGCGGAGUAUUAUGACAAACUUCCACAACCCGACGAGAGGGAGGAUGACAUGCUGGAUAUGGCCCCAGCGCUGCAGGAGAGCUCUCGCCUGGGCUGCCAGCUCAUCCUGACUCCAGAGCUUGACGGCAUUGAGCUGACACUCCCCAGGGUCACCCGCAACUUCUAUGUCGAUGGUCACGUACCCAAGCACCAUUGAAAGGCCGGGGAGGCCUCGUUAUUUCAGACAUGUUCUUCUGCAUGUGUAGGAGGGGCAGGUCAGAGAAGGUGGUCUUGCAAUCCCUACACACCUUUGAGAGAGAGACCCAGUGCCAGACAGAAACGCACAGUGGAUGAAUGAGUUUAGAGUCAAACUUGAUUGUUCUCCUGAUCCUUGGAUGCCAAAGUGAAAGACAAGAUCUCUGUACAGAAGAUGCUUAAGAGUACGAGUUUGUAUGGGGAGGACUGUACUUGUGUGUGUACAAAUUGUUCAAGGCUGCAAAGUGUGGAUCUCUGAAAAAGUUAAUAUUUAACCAUCUCAACAGGAGCAUAAAAGCUCAGACAAAGUCAGGUGGCCAAAUUUGGUCCUGGGGUAAGCUCACCAAUUGGCUAAAAUUUAUAAAAAUGUGCACAGAAUGUUGUCCUGAACUUUAUGGCAUUUGAAUAUUUACGAAGGUUAGCUUAACAUCUUAGUAAAAUUCGGGCUACCAUGGCUGACCAGUGUAUGGAAGGCUGGACAUUUAGCUGUGAGAGGGACGGGCUCUUGUUAAAGACGACGGCCAUCUUGCCAUUCCACUCGAGGAAAUCGAGGAUGACGAGCGAAGGCCUAAGCUUUCACAGCCCUGGCUCUCCACUUUCAUGGACCAGAGACCCAGCACGGCCAGCUUUGAACAACACAUUCCGCAAUACAGCGGUCAGGCGUAAAACGGCAAACGCACAAAAACACGCACCAAUAGUAUGUGUGACGCAAACGAUACAAGAUGUCAGCACUAUUUAUGAGUUUCACUGUGACAUGAGCAGCUUCACCCACAGUCGUCUAAGACUCUUUCAAACUACCAGGCUUACUUUGCUUUCUCUUAAAUGCCAGCUGGUACAAACAGAAUAGUUGUAGCAUAUGCAUCUUUAAUAUGGCUAACUUUGGAUUCAUUUUGGUCAGUUUCAAACAAGUUCUUUUGGAUGGGGGGGGGGUUGGGGGUUGGGUUUUGGCUCAUUGUUACAUCACAAGCUUCUAGCAAAACCGUGCUAGUCAACACAGAAAAUGACAAGUCUAAAACUAGGCAGUUACCAACUAGAUCUUAAUAGAAGUCUUUAAGUUCCUCAGGGGAGAACAAGUAUCUUUAAAAGGUUUACAUCAGUCCUGGUCCUGGAGGGCCAGAAUCCAACACAGUUUCCAGAUUUCCCUGCUCAAACACACCCACUAACUCAGGUAAUUAGCCGAUCAAGGUGUGUUUUCGGCAAGGAAAUCUGCAAACUGUUGGAUGCUGGUCCUUCAGGACUGGAACUGGAGAACCUUGGCCUACAUCAAUGCAAACUCGGACGUGUGCAAGUUCCGCCUGUGGGUGUGAUUAGGUGUCUCUGCCAGGUCAUUGUGAAAGUGGGCAAGUUGGAAGAUACUUAUCACACCAAUUAUUUAGCCAUUCUAACAGCUGCAGAAUUUAGUCAUGUACAUUUUAGUUUACAUGUUUUCUAGCUUUUGCAGUUCAGGGUCAUACCUUGGUACAAAUACAGCUUCAGGAAGGAAGGCUGAUGUUUAUGACUUGCACGUUGUCCAAGCUGACUCUCUCCCACCACCUUUUUUUAAAAAAAAAUGUACUGCAGAUUGUCAAGCAAGAUACGCACAAAUGUUUAAUAUAUUUAAUGAGCUGCAGGCCAUGACAUUGUUUUUGAUCUGUGAAAUAAAAAGCAUCAUUCUCACA